UGUGGAGUCUGCUAUAUAAGCCUCAUUGCUGGAGCUCUUGCUUCUUUUUUUUUUUUUAGUACUUUUCCACAAAAUAAAGUAGAAGCAGGCAGAGGACGUGAGGACACGUUCCACAGGGCUUUUUGGAACACGCUUGGUGUUGUGCAGGUUUAUAGGGAGCUGUCGCAUUCGUGUGUGGUUAUGCAGAACCAAUGGAUGCAUCUUGUGCUGUGGUGGUUGUUAAAAGCCUGCCUACCUCUGUGUUGUUUCAGUGCCUGUAAUUUGGCUUUGCGUGCUGGAUAAUCUACGAAAUAAAAGGACUGAUAAGAACAAGCUAAAAGAUGCAGUCUAAAUAAUGUUUUUGAGGUCAGAUUUAGGGCAGUGUGACUGCUUGCAUAAGGCUGACCCUUGGGGAGCGAUCUGCAUAUUGCCAAGUUUCAAGUAGGCCAAGUGGUGCCUUUAAAAGUCUCAGUGAAGGGUAAAGUAACAUACCCUCACACGUGAAUGCUAUGUUCUCUUUGUUGCUGUUGUAUUUCUUUGUGGUUGCUCUAUUGAAUCUGUUUGGAGUUUUUUUGUUUUUUUGGAGCACCAUAAUGCUGUGCUUGCAAUGGUGCGAUGAAUGAAGUGGUGAAUAGUAAAUAAGAAUUAUGUAUGGAAUGUUGCUGUGUAAUGCUGCCAAAGAAUAAAUUCCGUACCAUGCUGAUGUUGUCUUUCAGGUGUUUGAUAUUUGGCUCGCAAUAGCAAGGUACUUUGCCAGGGAAAGGCAAAUCCAUCCUGCCGAGCUCAAGGGGAAUGGCAACCUUAAUUGUGUGAGAAGGGAACACUGGGUUAUUUAAAACCAUAUUAGGGUACUUAGAAGCAUAGCUGAGCAUGAGCUCCCCAAUUUAAAACAGUAGUUUUUCUUUAGCUUCUCAGGAAAAUAACUGCUUUAUCACUGUUGUUUGUGGGAGUUUGAGCUGAUCUGUGGCCAGCAAAGGUCACCUUCAAAGUUCCUGGGGGAAAAAAAAAAACAACAAAACACAGCAGAAUCUUGAGCUGGCAGUGUGUAAAUGAUGAGAGGAACAGGGAAUCUUUGGUACAAAAGUCUGUUGUGGAAGCUAGAUAACGUGUAAAUGUGGAGGUCUAGAACAGAUAAGAAUUUGUCAACUAAUAGACUUAAAGCAUGGUGAUAAAUGCGCAGCUCUUAGAAAGUAUGUGUAAAAACAUACCUCAGGUUCUGCUAUGGAGCUGGUACUCAGCAUGCUUUCAGGUCUGCAGAAAGGGAUAAGCUUGACUGGGAGGAAUAAAGAGAUUGCAGAGGAAAAAAUCUAGCAGUUAUGAGGAAAUGAGAAUGUGGCAACGAGUAAAACCAAAUGGUGGCAAAUGAAAAGUAGUUGCACCAAAAGAAAGCAAAACAAACAGUAAUGCAGAACCAUAAGCUUUACUUUAAUAGUGAAAUAGGAGAAAAGGCCUUGGUGAUAGGAACCUGAGCCUUGCCACAGCAAGAGAUGGUACAGCAUGAAGUGGUCCAGCCCAGGAAGGAAGACCCCACCUCUUUCACUGCCAGAUGUCACAGGAUGUAUUUUGCAUGGAGCAUUUGCCUCUCUGCUAACCCAGGCUGAGGGCUGCCACCUAAUUAAAUAAUCUUCUGUCCUGACCCUUCAAAGGCUGUAAGCAGCUUUUCCCAGCAAAGCAGUUUGCAGUGCCAUCAUGUGUGUGAAAUGAAAUAAGUUGUUAGAGCUUUCAAGGAAAAUGUGGUGCAGCACAAUCAGAUAUAUCCAUGCAAAUGAAUGUUCAAGGCCCUCUUAGCUGAGGACACGGGACUAUGCUGACGGUAGCAUGUUUAAUACUUGGAAGCCAAUGUGGGUUGUGCUCUUAGAAGAUGGAAUUGAAUUCUACAAGCGGAAGUCUGACAACAGCCCCAAAGGGAUGAUCCCACUAAAAGGAAGCACCAUCAACAGCCCAUGCCAAGACUUUGGCAAAAGAAUGUUUGUCUUCAAACUCACUGCAGCCAAGCAGCAAGACCACUUUUUUCAAGCCUCCUACCUGGAAGAGAGAGAUGCUUGGGUACGGGAUGUCAAAAAGGCAAUUCAGUGCAUAGAUGGAGGUCAAAGAUUUGCCAGAAAAUCCACAAGAAAAUCCAUCAGACUUCCUGAAACAAUCAACUUGAGUGCUUUGUACCUCUCAAUGAAAGAUCCUGAAAAGGGUAUAAAGGAAUUGAAGCUGGAAAAAGAUAAAAAAGUGUUCAAUCACUGCUUUACAGGCACUGCUGUGAUUGACUGGCUGGUGUCUAGCAACUCCAUCCGAAAUCGCAAAGAAGGCCUCAUGCUUGCCUCCUCUCUCUUGAAUGAAGGCUACCUACAGCCUGCAGGAGAUACAUCCAAGGCUGCAGCUGAGGGACUGUCAGAUACCCCUUUCCUGGAUCUUAGUGAUGCCUAUUACUACUUUCCUGACAGUGGAUUUUUCUGUGAGGGGAAUUCUAGUGAUGAUGAUGUGGUCCUGAAAGAAGAAUUCAGAGGCAUGAUAGUCAAACAAGGAUGUUUGCUAAAACAGGGGCAUCGGAGGAAAAACUGGAAAGUGAGAAAGUUUGUUUUAAGAGAGGACCCUGCAUAUCUUCACUACUAUGAUCCUGCUGGAGGAGAAGAUCCACUAGGAGCAAUCCACUUGAGGGGCUGCGUGGUGACUGCAGUGGAAGAUAUGCCAGACUCCAAGAAGCAUGACGUUGAAAACAACCUGUUUGAAAUAAUCACAGCAAGUGAAGUCCACUAUUACUUGCAAGCAGCUUCAUCUGCAGAGCGUACAGAGUGGAUCAAAGCAAUUCAGACAGUUGCUAGGACUGGGAAAUGAAGAUGAUCCACCAGCAAUAAGGACAACUGAAACUGAUUGCUCAAAACAAAACAGGAAUUUUAGCUUUUCACUGAGAUAAAGUCAUGUCAACCAGAAAAGCCUCCUAAGGCUUGUGGGUUGGGAGGGGGGAAUAAGUUUCGGUUCUGUAGUGGGCACAACCACAACACAAGUGGAAAGUAUCUUACUAAAUUAUAGCAUAGAAUGUUACGUUAGUGUGUGCUUCUUGUAGUAUUCAGUAUGCCUUGGGAAGGUUAUACCUUAUGCCUUUCCCUGCUGCCACUGCUGAUAGCGAGGAUUUCACCAUUAAGAGCGGACAGGAUCUUGUUGCUGUCUGUACACAAGGAAAAGCCAGUAUGAUUCAGCCUUUACUGUUUGAGUAUCCUCUAAUAACUCAAGGGAUUCCCAAGACAAACUUUACCCUUUCUUCUUUACUAGCCCAUCUUUCUGCUGCCGUGUUCAGCUAUCCAAGUAAUGCAAUAGAGCUAAGGAAAUAAAUAUUUUUUGGAAAUGUGAUCCACACCUUUAUAAUCCUUCAGUGACAAGGAAAGGAAGAGUACAGACAACUGUGGUAGCACUAUGCAGAAAGCAUAGUGUACAAAUGUACAAAUCAAUGACAGCUGUAUGAGUAUCCAUGCAGGAAAAUUCUUUGCCUGUGAUUCUUCCGAAGCAAUCUCAGUUUUUCUGUACCAACUUCAUUUUGACCUUCACUAAAUUUCUCCAAAAGAAUCUGCUCCAGGAUCAUUGUUUUGCUUCCUUUAGAUGCCAGUGCAGCUGCUGGAGUGUUGUGCACUGCUGAUUUGACCUGUAUUUGAAUUAAGAAUCUUUCAGGAAGAGGAAAAGGAUCCAUAAGUUGAUACUUGAAUUUCCAGCUGAGGUGCUGUUGAUUAGGGUCUGUCUUAACCUACAGAAAUGUACUCAAUGCUUGGCUCUGUGCUUUAAGUCAUAUUAGAGGAGCCUUAUUAGUUCUGCAAUAAGUGUUGUUUGAUGGUGUCAAGUUGCCUGAUCAAUCUUUGUUUUUUUUGUCAUACUUAUGCCUCCAACCUUCAAGUCUUCAAACUUUAACUGGAGGUCAUCAUGUGACAUUCUGCACGUAGCCUUUUCUUAAAAAAAGAACUUAAAAAGAAACUUAAAAAGAUAAAUUAGAUUUCUUAUCCUUAAGAACUCUUAUUCAGGUUUCUUGAAACUAAGAAAUAAAUAUGGUUCUAAAGCUUA